GCCCAAUAAGUUGUCUAUUCCAUCAUGAUUGCGCCGCGUACUUGCAUAUUCGUGAUUCCCGGAUACCUGGAUACCAUUUGAAUUUACUCGACGAACCCAGGCAGUUGAGAUAGAAGAUUACACACAUUCCAUGAACCCACAAACGGUUUACACCCUUCUGUGGCUCGGUUUCCGCAGCGAUUCACAUACGGUAUAGCAAGAAAUUUAAAGUCCACACAGAGAACAUGGCGAGUGGUGGCUAAAUGGCUACCUCCCUCCAAAGCAUGGCUAUAAACUACGAUAUUCUCGUAUAUAUCAUGACUUUCCUCAGAAUUGUGAAGAGGGGAAGUUUAUUUGCCCUGAUGAAGACGUGUCGUAUUCUGUACACCGCCGGUGCCCCAUAUCUCCUUGCGGGCCAGGUCAAUUUCGAUGGAAAACCCGAUCAGAUGGAGUCUUUCAAUUGCUUCAUGCAUCAAAACCUUGCCCUGCGCGGUUCUUUUAUUCGGAGGAUACACCUUAAUGUCCCCGACCUCUGGGAAGAUAACAUCUACGAAGACUCAUACGACUACCAAACGGAUAUCUUGCAAAGAUCCAGCGAGGUGCUCAAGCAUUGCUCUCGUUUGCAACAUUUGGAGAUCCUAGGUUCUGAGGACUGGUUGUCUAUGGGACGCCGACUAGGCCCUGCGCUCGCAUCUCUUGUAGAUGUUGAGUAUGUCAUGUUUGGCGGGAAAGGAGAUCGAACGGACGGAUUGCUCAGGAUAACGAAUUGGCCACUCAAGGCUAUGUGCAUCUCUUUUGCGUAUGACGAUGCCAGUGACGGCGACUACAAGGGAGAUCCUAGAACCCUUCUUAGACAUGUUUAUGAUCUGAAGGAAGUCCACGUCGAGUGGUUGGAUUUCGGACCCGAAGGCGAAGGCGAAACAUUUCCUCACCUGGAGACCUUCAGCGUCGAAUUCUGGGGGGACAUCGGAAUGAGACCAUUGUUGGAAUCAUUCCCAAAACUUCGCAACCUCCGCAUUUACGCGGCUGUGAGCGAGUUGCAGGCUAUGGACGAGAUACGUCUCGUAGCUAUUCGCCAUCGGAACAUUCAGGCUCAAGUGUCCCAUCGCUGGAGUCACCUCGACUAUGUCGAAGGUGAACUAGUUGCGGUAUAUCUCUUGGCACCACAAUGUCACAUCGCCCACCUGAACAUCCCCCUGCCUUCUGACGAUGAUGCACAGCGGUAUUGGUUCGCCGUCAUCGGUGAUGCCAGGCCCAUUCGUUUGACAUUUUACGUUUCCUUCAAGAAUUACCAGCCAAUAAUUCUUCAGAAACUCACUCCACCAUCGUUUCCGAUACCAACUACUCACCUUGACUUGACCCUCUCCAUGAGCUUCUCACCCGCCUCCAUGGAAGAUGUAGAGACAAACAUCCUCGAUUUCCUUGGGUCCUUGAGCUUGACUUUUCUGCAAGUUACUCUAGAAUGGACCCCUACACCCGAUAGUAUGAGAUACUUUCCGCGAGACAUCGCUGAAGACCGUUUUGCGGAGUAUUUCGACAAGCUAGAACCUGCUGCGUUUGCUAGCCGGCUGGUCCGGUAUACGAGGACUCUCCAGUACAUCAUCCUCGGUCUUCCGCGUUGCAAGGAUCUCCUGUAUUGGCGUGUCGAACAGGGUGGCUCUGGACCUACUCUGGUGCCGAUGUCUAAAGCUGAGGGCCAGUUGAUGCGAGAACGGCAGAUGCCAAAACAGAAGAGUGAACUGGAUAGAUUUGAUAUAUUUGACGUGCAGCCGAAUUAAUUGACGUCGUGUCUGCUUGUUUUAGCUGUGACAUCGUAGAUAGCAAGAUUGUGCACCGUGCGCUCACGAUGGGCCUUGGGUUUGGGGUGCAACCCGAGUCCCCGUACCAUUUCUGCCCUAUUACUUACGAUCGGAAGGGGGGUUGGUCGACCCCUCAAUCUGAUGUUAGGUUUGCAUGGAUUGCUGCCUCUGAUUAGAUACUGUGUUUCUUUGCCCUUUUCCAUGGGAGAACAUUCGCCAUCGUGCAGUGAACAUUUUUCUCUCGUACCGUUGGGU